GUGAACUACUCGUAUCCGACUCAAGAGACUACAGAAUGGCUCCCAGCAAAUUGAAGGCCCAGAAGGAAGAUGAGCUGGUCCACCUGGGACCGCAGGUUUGCGACGGCGAGGAGGUCUUUGGCGUGGCCCACAUCUUUUCGAGCUUCAACGACACAUUUGUCCACGUCUCCGACUUGUCCGGGCGCGAAACCGUUGUCCGCGUCACAGGCGGCAUGAAAGUUAAGGCUGAUCGCGACGAGGCAUCGCCCUACGCUGCUAUGCUAGCUGCUCAGGAUGUCGCCGAGAAGUGCAAGACACUUGGCAUCACCGCCCCAAAAAUUAAUCUGCGUGCUACUGGCGGCAACAAGAACAAGACACCCGGACCUGGUGCCCAGUCUGCUCUGCGUGCCCUGGCCCGUUCGGUAACGAAGAUUGGUCGCAUCGAGGACUUCACUCCAAACCCCUCUGAUGGCACCCGCAGGAAAGGCGGUCGUCGUGGUCGCCGUCUGUAAGCGCAUUUCAAUGUUUUAUCUGCGCUGCACAUACAUAAGUUCACCAUGAAUAAAUAAACUGGAAAGUC